AUGCACAACAGUACAGCACCACAACCCAACUCAAACCUCAACGUAGACAUGGUUUUCGGUUCUUCAAGCAAAAGAAAGCGUGCGGAUGAAAAAGAAGAUGAUGAUGUGCAAGUCGUCCAUGAGGUGCCUGUAGAUAUCCAAGAUGGUGGUGCAGACGCAGACAGUGGUGACGAAGAUGGAGCUGCGGCUACUGGUACGAAACAUCCACUUCUAGAUGAAAUUAAUAUUAUUGGUGUUCCGAGUGGAAAAAAUGUUGGUGGAACAAAGGAGUGGCAGUGUAAACAUUGCAAGAAAUCGUACAAAGGAAGUUUAACUAGAGUUCAUGUUCAUUUGCUUGGUCCAUUACCUGGUAAAAAAGCACAAAUUGCACGUUGUAUGUCAUUGCAAAACGAUCCCAACAAGAGCAAAGCUUUGCGGGAAAAGGUGAAAGAAGCUGAUAGUAAAGGAUUUCAUAUGAGAUCAACAUCAGGGACGACCACUCCGAAUCCGUUGACAAAAUCGUUUGGAGUAGCCCAAAGGGAGUCUGUCGAUAUGGAAAUUACCAAAUUUUUAUGUGCCAACGGUAUUCCAUUCAAUGUGUUGAGGAGCCCUCAAUUUUCACAAAUGAUAAUGGCAAUAAAAAAUGGUCCAAAAGAUUAUAAAGGUCCGUCGAGUGAAAAGGCAAGGACAACUCUCCUAGAUGCAUGCAAGAGAAGUGUGGAGACCGACUUAGCACCACUUAAAAGUACAUGGUUGACACAAGGUGUUUCGGUUGUGUCCGAUGGAUGGACGGAUAUAAAAAACAAGCCCCUAAUCAAUGUGAUUGCGUCGAACAGUCGAGGUUCAUGUUUCUUAUAUGCAGAAGAUUUCCCUGGAGUUGAAAAAACCGGUGAAGCUAUUGCACAAUAUCUCUUGAAGGCUAUUGAUGAAAUUGGACCAGGAAAUGUCCUUCAAGUGGUAACGGACAAUGCUGCUAAUUGCAAAGCAGCUGGAAAGGAAAUUGAAAAAGUGCAUAAGCACAUUUUUUGGGCCCCAUGCGUUGUUCACACGCUAAACCUUAUAUUUAAGGAUUUUGCUGUGAAAUUUCCAUGGAUGCUUGACACAUAUAAGACUGGAAAAGCAUCUACCGUGUUCGUCAUUGUUGCUGUCCCACAGGUCUCUCCGUCUCUGUCUGUGGCCUCUGACGAGUGA